GGACUAUGGCCCACGGGACAGUGAUCCAUGUGGCCCCAGAGCAGCCCACCUAUGCUGUGUGUGUGCUGGGCACCAAGACUCAGCUGGAUGUCUAUGGCUCUGCCCCGCAGGGCUGCACAUCCUUUGGUAUCAAUGCCUCCCCAGGAGUGGUUGUGGAUGUUGCCCACAGACCUCCAACCAAGAAGAAUCCCUCAGGUUUCUCCAAGUGGCCCCUGGACCCUGGGCUGGAGGUGAGCCUGAGGAUGAGAGCUGCCAGCAGUAGCACAAAUGACCAGAAGGUUCAGAUUUCGUACUACGGACCCAAGACUGACCUGGUCCAAGCCCUGCUCUACCUCACUGGGGUGGAAAUCUCCUUGAGCACGGACAUCACGCGUACUUCCAAAGCGAAGGCGACCAAAGCCAGGAAGGACCAGAGGACCUGGACCUGGGGCCCUCGUGGGCAAGGUGCCAUCCUGCUGGUGAACUGUGAUAAAGACAAUCUCAAGUCUUCUGCCAUGGACUGCUUGGAUAACAAGGUGCUUGACAGAGAAGACCUGCAAGACAUGUCCCUGGUGACCCUGAGCACGAAGACCCCCAGGGAUUUCUUCACUAAUCACCAGCUGGUGCUCCACGUGGCCAAGUCUGAGAUGGACAAAGUCAGAGUGUUUCAAGCCAGUUGGGGCCAACAGCUCUCUGAGUGCAAAGCGAUUCUGGGGCCCCAGCGGCCCUCUCACCUCCUGGAGCUCCCAGGUGGCCAGCACAGCACAGACUUCUACGUGGAGGGCCUUGCUUUCCCGGACGCCAACUUCUCAGGCCUCAUUUCCCUCACCGUCUCCCUGCUGGACAUGUCCAACCCGGAGCUCCCCAACACCCUGGUAUUCCAAGACAGCGUGACCUUCCGUGUGGCUCCCUGGAUCAUGACCCCCAACACUCAGCCUGCACAGGAGGUGUAUGUGUGCAGGAUAUUUGAAAAUGAGGACUUUGUGAAGUCAUUGACUGCUCUGACCAAGAAGGCCAACUGCAAGCUGACCAUCUGCUCCCUGGAGGAGAGCAUGGAUGACCAGUGGAUGCAAGAUGAAAUAGAGAUUGGCUAUAUCCAAGCCCCGCACAAGACAAUGCCCGUCGUCUUUGACUCUCCAAGGAACAGAGGCCUGAAGGAGUUUCCCGUCAAAUCUCUGCUGGGUCCAGAGUUUGGCUAUGUGACUCGAGGGCCCCAAACAGGGGGUGUCACCGACCUUGACUCCUUUGGGAAUCUGGAAGUGAGCCCCCCCGUCAAAGUUGGGAAGAAGAAGUACCCACUGGGCAGGAUUCUCAUUGGGAACAGCAGUUACCCCAGGACUGACAGCCAGGAGAUGCACCAGGCACUGCAGGACUUCCUCGCCGCCCAGCAGGUGCAGGCCCCUGUGAAACUCUACUCCGACUGGUUGUUUGUGGGCCACGUGGACGAGUUCCUGAGCUUCGUUCCAGCACACAAGGGCUUCCGGCUGCUUCUGGCCAGCCCCAGGUCCUGCUUCAAACUGUUCCAGGAGCAGCUGAAUGAGGGACACGGAGAGGCUCUGCUGUUCGAAGGGGUCAAGAAAAAAAAGCAGCAGAAAAUAAAGGACAUUCUGUCAAACAAGAAAUUGAGAGACCAUAACUCCUAUGUGGAGAGCUGCAUCGAUUGGAACCGGGAGGUGCUGAAGCGGGAGCUGGGCCUGACCGAGCAGGACAUCGUGGACAUCCCCCAGCUCUUCAAGCUCCAUUCAGACUCCACAGGGACCCUCAAGGCGGAAGCCUUUUUCCCAAACAUGGUGAACAUGCUGGUGCUGGGGAAGUACCUGGGCAUCCCCAAGCCCUUCGGGCCCAUCGUCAACGGCCGCUGCUGCCUGGAGGAGAAGGUGCGGUCACUGCUGGAGCCGCUGGGCCUGCACUGCACCUUCAUCGACGACUUCUACAGCUACCACCUUCGACACGGGGAGGUGCACUGUGGCACCAACGUGCGCCGCCAGCCCUUCCCCUUCAAGUGGUGGCACAUGGUGCCCUGAGCCCAUCCCUCCCUCCAGUGUCCUCUGCCUUGGGAAGCUCCUGGCCAGAGGCGCUGAUCCCCUGCAGUGUAGCAUAGCAAGAGUUCCUGGGGAAAUUUUGGCUCCCCAGAGAGUGACCACUCUGGACAGCGGCUUGCUUCCUUCGCCUGUGUUCCCUCCGAAGAUGCUACCAUGGUCCUGGCUUUGCAGACUCAGUCGUGCUGUGAGAAGCUGCAAUAAAGUUUUACGAUCCCUUUGUACGGGAGGUGAA